AUGACUCAUGGAGAAGAGCUUGGCUCUGAUGUGCACCAGGAUUCUGUUGUUCUAACUUACCUAGAAGGAUUACUAAUGCAUCAGGCAGCAGAGGGGUCAGGUACCGCCGUCGACAAAGCGUCUGCCGGGCGUAAUGAAGACGAUCCGAACUUUAACAUUUCUGGUAGCGCGUUUCCCACCUGUCAGCGUAAUGGUCCAGUUCUCAGCACACACACGUAUCAGGGAUCUGGCAUGCUGCACCUCAAAAAAGCCAGACUCUUGCAGUCUUCUGAGGACUGGAAUGCAGCGAAGCGGAAGAGGCUGUCUGAUUCCAUCGUAAAUUUAAACGUAAAGAAGGAGGCUCUGCUGGCUGGCAUGGCUGACAGUGCGCCUAAAGGCAAACAGGACAGCAAGGUACUGGCCUCUCUGCUUCAGUCGUUCAGCUCUAGGCUGCAGACUGUUGCCCUGUCACAACAAAUUAGGCAGAGCCUCAAGGAGCAAGGAUACGCCCUGAGUCAUAAUUCUUUAAAAGUGGAGAAAGAUUUAAGGUGCUAUGGGGUUGCAUCGAGUCACUUAAAAACUCUGUUGAAGAAAAGCAAAGCUAAAGAUCAAAAGCCCGAUACCAGUGUCCCUGAUGUCACAAAAACCCUCAUCAGAGAUCGGUUCAUAGAGUCACCUCAUCACGUUGGGCAGAGCGGAACAAAGGUCAUGAGUGAACCCUUGUCUUGCGCUGCAAGAUUACAGGCUGUCGCAAGCAUGGUGGAGAAAAGGGCUAGUCCUGCCACUUCACCCAAACCCAGUGUUGCUUGUAGCCAACUAGCACUUCUUCUCUCCAGCGAAGCCCAUUUACAGCAGUAUUCUCGAGAACAUGCUUUAAAAACACAAAAUGCAAAUCAGGCAGCAAGCGAAAGGCUUGCUGCCAUGGCCAGAUUACAAGAAAAUGGCCAGAAGGACAUGGGCAAUUUCCAGCUCUCCAAAGGCAUGUCAGGCCAUCUUAAUGGUCAGGCAAGAACAUCAGCAAACAAAGUAAUGGCUAGCAAAAGUACAGCGUUUCAGAAUCCAAUGGGCAUUGUCCCUUCUUCCCCCAAAAAUGCAGGCUAUAAGAACUCCCUGGAAAGAAACAAUAUAAAACAGGCUGCUAAUAACAGUUUGCUUUUACAUCUUCUUAAAAGUCAGACCAUACCCAAGCCGAUGAACGGACACAGUCACAGUGAGAGAGGAAGCAUUUUUGAGGAGGGCAGCACCCCUACAACUAUUGAUGACUACUCAGAUCACAAUCCCAGCUUUACCGAUGAGAGCAGUGGUGAUGAAAGUUCUUACUCCAACUGUGUCCCCAUAGACUUGUCUUGCAAACACCGGAUAGAAAAACCCGAACCCGACCAGCCUGUUUCUCUGGAUAACUUAACUCAGUCCUUGCUCAACACAUGGGAUCCAAAAGUCCCCGAAGUUGACGUCAAAGAAGAUCAAGAUACCUCAAAGAAUUCUAAGCUAAAUCCGCACCAGAAGGUCACCCUUCUUCAGUUGCUGCUUGGCCAUAAGAAUGAAGAAAACGUGGAAAGAAACAGCAGCCCUCAGGAAGCACACAGCGAUGAGGCAAAGUUCAGCACACAGAAUUACACCCGCACGUCUGUAAUAGAAAGCCCCAGCACCAACAGGACUACUCCCGUGAGCACUCCACCAUUACUUGCAUCCACCAAAGCCGACUCUCCCAUCAACCUUUCCCAACACUCUGUGGUCAUCAAAUGGAAUUCCCCACCAUAUACCUGUGGCCCUCAGCCUGAAAAGCCAGCGAAUACCGCCUCGAACCACCUGAUGGACCUUACAAAAAGCAAAGAAUCGCAGGGGGAGAAAGCCAUCCAACAUGAAGGUGCACAAAACUCGGCCACUUUCAGUGCCAGUAAACUGUUACAAAAUUUAGCGCAAUGUGGAAUGCAGUCUUCCAUGUCAGGGGAAGAGCAGAGACCCAGUAAGCAGCUGCUGAGUGUAAACACAGAUAAACCUCCAGGUAUGAUUGACAGACUGAACAGCCCUCUGCUAGGCAAUAAAACAAGUGCAGCUGAAGAGAAGAAAGCAUUCGGCAGUCACACAAUAGGUCCUGAACCGGGACUCUCUGGGUCUGAAAUAGAAAAUCUGCUUGAAAGGCGCACCGUCCUCCAGUUACUGCUGGGAAAUCCCAACAAAGGGAAGACCGAAAAGAAAGAGAAGAUGCCCUUAAGAGAUGAGAGCACUCAGGAACAUACAGAUAGAGCUUUAAGUGAACAAAUACUGAUGGUGAAAAUAAAAUCUGAGCCUUGCGAUGACUUACAUCCGCAUGCCAUGGGCAUGCACUUGAGCCACGAGGCUCCGGGCACCCCCUUCUUAGGGAUGGCCCCUCCCAUGCAGAGAAGCGCCCCUGCCUUACCAGCAUCCGAGGACUUGAAACCAGAGCCCGGCUCACCUCAGGACUUUUCUUUCUCAAAGAAUGGUCUGCUGAGUCGAUUGCUGAGACAAAAUCAAGACAGUCACCUGGCUGAUGAGCUGGACAGCAGUCACAGAAACAGUGAACUGACACUUGUAGAAUCGAAGAACCUUUGCAUGGUCCCUAAGAAAAGGAAGCUUUACACCGAGCCGUUAGAAAACCCCUUUAAAAAGAUGAAAAAUAACAUAGUCGAUGCUGCAAACAGUCACAGUGCUCCGGAGGUGCUGUAUGGGUCUUUGCUUAACCAGCAAGAGCUGAAACUUAGCAGAAGUGAUCUUGAGUUUAAGCAUCCUGCCAGUCACAGUUCGGCCAGCGAAAGUGAACCCAGGAAUUGGACCAGAGAGAGCAAAAGCUUCAACGUCCUGAAACAGCUGCUCCUCUCAGAAAACUGCGUGAGAGAUUUGUCUCAGCACAGGAGUAACUCUGUGGCUGACAGUAAGAAGAAAGGCCACAGAAACAAUGCGACCAACAGCAAGCCUGAAUUCAGCAUUGCUUCUCUAAAUGGACUGAUGUACGGUGCCGCUCAGCCCGGCGGUUGCAUGGACAACAGGACAUUUCCAUACCCAGGUGUCGGAAAGGCCCCCCUGAGUCCUCCUUUCCCGGAGCACUUGGGCUGCACAGGGUCUAGACCAGAAGCUGGGCUUGUGAAUGGGUGUUCCAUGCCCAGUGAGAAGGGACCCAUUAAGUGGGUUAUCACAGAUGUGGACAAGAAUGAGCAUGAGAAAGACUCUCCGAGACUGACCAAAACCAACCCAAUACUCUAUUACAUGCUCCAGAAAGGAGGCAACUCUGUUACCAGUCGAGAAACACAGGACAGGGACAUUUGGAGGGAGCCUUCAUCUGCUGAAAGUAUCUCACAGGUUACAAUCAAAGAAGAGUUACUUCCUGCUGUAGAAACUAAAGCUUCUUUCUUUAACUUAAGGAGCACUUAUAAUAGCCAUAUGGGAAAUAAUGCUUCUCACCCGCACAGCGCAAACGGAGAAGUUUAUGGACUUCUGGGAAACAUGCUAACAAUAAAAAAGGAAUCAGAAUAA